AUGUCUUCUCUUCAGUCAUUACCACUAGCUGCCUACAGUCAAGUCACAAACCAACUGCGACCACCAAGUAGCUUUUAUUGGGGUAAUAAGGAAAAGUUACCUGGGCUGCUGGUAGUGAAGCUGCGGUUGCUAUGUGGGAGUGCAGGAACUAAUGGAAUUUCCCCUGAUGGCUGUUCAUUGGUGGGAGCCAGAAACCCAACAUCUCUUUCUACAGAUGAGCUCUCCAGGCCAAUAGUAGAUGGACCCAAGGAGAGUUCCAGAUCUCAACCAAACGGCAUGGCAGCCAUCAGAGAAAUCUUUCUGUCUUUUUUUAACUUGCCUGCAUGGAAACCACCCUCAAGGCUCAGAAAAAUGGGGUCCCAAGCUGCUGGCUGGCAGGCGUCUCCUGCGGAAUCCUGGAGGGAGAGCGGCCAUGAAUACGAAGACCCCGAGGAGGGACUCGGCCAGUCUAACGCCGCUCUCCCUGUUAGCCAAGUGGACAUUAGAGCCACGAGGCACAGGGCCGCCUGGAUUAACCCACAGCGUUCUGCAGAGGAGCCGCUCCAGUUGCUGGAUUCGUCCACCCCAGCGCCCCAACGUGAGCAGGACAAGGUCCAUCCCAUAACCAGUCUGGGGUACUUGCCUGUUCCUCCUGGUGACUCCCUCCCAGAAACCCUGCUGUUGGGAGAUAAUAUUGCUACAGAAGGCAGCUCCCUCCCUUGUUCAGAAGAAGCAGAUAAACACGUGUCUCUCGCUUUAUCAGAACAGCAUGUUAUGCUCCCAGAGAAGCCACCCCCUGCCAUCUUGACGCAGGCUAAGGUUCCGACCUCCUCCCCGGUUCCUGUGGACAGCAGUGCUUCUCACCAGCCCCUCCGGCCCAGGAGCCCUCCUGGAGAAGGUACUGUCCCAGCCAGUGGAAAAACCCCUCCUCAGAAUAGCUUCUCAUCAGAGACACUGAUGCUUCCUGCUGAUGUAGAAAAGGAGAAUGCACACUUUUAUGUUGCAGAUAUGAUCAUAUCUGCAGUGGAGACAAUGAAGUACAACCUCCUGAAUCAGCAGCAAGGAGAGACCUGGGAAGGAAUGGAAAUGAGUGGCUCCCUUGGAAGUGAUCAAGCUGACUUUGAUAGGGGCUUUUAUGUGCCUGGAAAGCAAAAAUCUUCAUCUGCCACUUCAUCUGACAGUGGCUACGAAGGUUGUUCUGUAUUACAAGUCAAUCCAGCAGCUGAAAUACCGAUUCAUCCAAACAGACUGAAGGAGCUCUGUGAAUGUGACUCUGAUGAUUUUGUCAUUGUAGAGCUUGAAGAUUUUGACAAAAUCACAGAAACCUGUAGAUGUUUACAUGACUUCAACAAAAGAUCCACUGAUGAGCCAGGCUUCAACUCAGCUGAACUGCUAGCUAAGGAGCUGUACCGAACUUUCUGCAGGUGCUUUAAGUUGGCAGAGGUUGACUUUCAUCAGGCAGGCUCUCUGCAGGCAGACAGGUCAAUAGCUGUAAAUGAAGAUAAUCUUCAAAAAGACUUUGAAUCCAGUUUGGAUGUAGUUGAAGAGAUAAAGUUUAAGUCCAGGAUUAGAGGGAGUAAAGAAUGGGCUCCACCUAAAUUUGAAAUAAUAUUUAAUGUUCAUCCACCACUUAAGAGGGAUUUUGUAGUCUCCGCCCAAAACUUUUCCUGUGCUGGCUGUGGAACACCAGUAGAACGGAAGUAUAUGAAGAGACUCCGCUAUUGUGAUUAUCUGGGGAAGUAUUUCUGUGACUGCUGCCACAGUUACGCAGAAUCUUACAUCCCUGCCCGGAUCCUCAUGAAAUGGGACUUCCACAAAUACCACGUCAGCAAUUUUUCCAGGCAUCUCCUGAACAGCAUAUGGCAUCGACCCUUGUUCAAUUUGUCGUUCAUCAGUCAGAAUCUGUAUAGCAAAGCCAAGGAACUGGAUCGAGUCAGGGAAAUCCAAGAGAAGCUUGUUCAGAUUAAGAAGCUAUUACAGACCUGCAGAUUUGCUGAAAGGAUAUUAAAAGAUUUUGAGCAGGUGCCAGGACACUUGACAAAUGAACUCCACCUGUUCUCUCUGGAUGACCUCGUCAAGAUCAAAAAGGGACAUUUGGCUCCUGUUCUGAGAGGACUUUUGAAUGCCUCCCUUGUUCACGUGGACAGCUGUGAACUAUGUCAAGGAAAUGGGUUCAUUUGUGAAUUUUGUCAAAGCACAGUUGUCAUCUUCCCAUUCCAGACAACAAUAUGCAGAAGAUGCCCAGCUUGCAAAACUUGCUUUCACAAGCAGUGCUUCAGGUCAGCAGACUGCCCCAAGUGCUUGCGGAUUCAAGCUCGAAAGAAGCUUUGGCAGAGUUUGCCUUCUCUGACAACUUAAAGCCAUCUAGCUGUCUACAAUUCCCCACCUACGUUAGGGAAACAAUUGGGCUUGCCUACUGCUAGUAAUGUUGUUUUAGACAUUGUGUGUUGUGUAUAAAGAAAUGAACUUGCUAAGCACUGUAUUUCUUUGUAUAUAUUUAUCUUUUUUAAAAAAAAAUAUAGAUACUUGGCUAUCCAAGUUGGGGCAUUGUUACUAUUACUUAAAAAAAAAAAAAGAAGAGAGAAAAAGAAACAGUUUAAAAAUGAAUGUCAAGGUGAAUUUCAGAUAAUAGUGACUUUUUGCUGCUAAAAAGGUUUUUAUAGAGUGUUUUGAUACUUCUUAAAUUGUAUUUGGACAAUUCUAAUUUUGCUAUUUAUACAAAGUACAGUUUCAAAAUGAUUGGACCUGUUUUUUUAAAAGCAAGUUUUAAGUGUUGGGAUAAAUUGUUGAGUUUCUCUUCCUUAAAAACUUGAUCGUGUGAAACUGACCAGAUACUGUACU